AAAUAUAGGUUCUCCGGAGUAGGGACUGUGGAGAGUCUGAACUUCUAUAAUCUUCGACAUUUUCCACUUUCCUGUUCCUCUUCGUUUAUACUUCAAAAUAUCAUUAACCUAAAAAGUCCACUUGAUCUGGUUGUUCUCCCGGUUGCUGACACGGUUUCACGUUCAUCUAAAUCGAAAUCAGAUCAAUAUGGAGGACGACUUGAAGCCCGGCAGCCUCUACGAGAAUGUUGAGCACGGAGGCUCCAAUGAUGGCGGAUUGGUUAUGCCGACCAGCCUUGCUGCGCUGACCGAGGCUGAAUACAGCAAGCUUAGUAAAAAAGCUACGUUGAAGAUGGAUUUUGUGAUCAUGCCAAUUCUGGUUAUCAUGUAUAUCCUCAACUAUCUCGACCGUCAAAACCUAGCCAGCGCAAGACUUGCUGGCAUAGAAGAAGAACUUGGCAUUAGCGAUGUCCAGUACCAAACCUGUGUGAGCAUUCUAUUCGUUGGGUACAUUCUACUUCAAGUCCCUUCAAAUUUAGUGCUGGGCAGGAUCAAGUGGCCCGGUGUCUAUAUCUGCGCUGGCAUGGCGGUUUGGGGCGCCAUAUCUGCAGCCAUGUCAACAGUACAAGGUUUUGGUGGCCUCUUAGCUGCAAGAAUCUUCCUUGGUGUUGUCGAAGCUAUCUUCUUCCCUGGAGCCCUUUAUUUUUUGUCGCUCUUCUACAACCGGAAACAGUAUGCGUUACGCGUGGCCAUUCUUUACGGCGGUUCACAGCUUGGCAAUGCAUUCGGCACUCUGUUCGCCAUUGGCGUGUUGCGUCUAGGUGGGACAUAUGGCUUAUCUGGAUGGCGCUGGCUCUUCUUGAUUGAGGGAGUGCUUACCACUGGCCUCGCGAUCGGGUUCUCCUUUAUCCUGCCCAACUCGAACAAGAAGAUUCUUGGCUUAUCCGAAAUUGAAUGUGAAUGGGUAGAAUGGAACAUGGUCAAGGACCAAGGCCAGACCAAUAAUUCAGAGGAAAUCAGUAACUGGCAAGGCUUCAUGCUUGCCGCUACUGAUCUCAAGACUUGGCUUCUAACCGGCACUCUAUACUCGAUUUACAUCAAUGGUGCAAUCACCAACUUCUUCCCAUCUGUUGUCCAGGGUCUCGGCUAUGACCGGAACACUACCUACGGCAUCACAGCUCCGCCAUUUGUUCUAGCAGUCAUCGUCAUGUACAUCAUCGGUUGGAGCUCUGAUCGCAAGCAGGAACGCUGGCUUCACAUUGUUGCGCCACUAAUCGUCACUGCAAUCGCCAAUAUCAUCUCCAUCUCUACCACCAACACUGCGGCUCGCUACGUGGCCAUUCUUCUUCUCCCAGGAUCUUUCUAUAGUUCGGGUAUUGUCACGCUGUCGUGGGUUAGUAACAGUCUGUCUCAGCCUGCUCCGAAGCGCGCAGCAGCCAUCGCUUUGGUCAAUGCCAUUUGCAACACGCCUAACAUUUGGGGAUCAUACAUCUACAUUGGCGCUCCUCGCUACAUAGUGGCGUUCAUUGUUAAUCUUGUAGCCGUAGGCCUCGCUAUUGGAUUUGCUACUGCAACAAGAUUACAUCUGAGAAGGCUAAACGCAAAGCUCGAUCGUGGCGAGGAUUCUGGAAAGCAUGGUCCCACUGCGGCCCAGGUUGCUAAUGGUUUCCGAUAUAUACUGUGAGGUUACAUACCAUGGGUUUACCAACUUUAUUGUCCAAACCAGGGGUUAGAUGUUAGAUACUUGCCAUCCAGACUGUACAUAUGACGAAUAUUUUCCUAGACAGGUCUAUUAGAGUUUCAGCAUCUAGAUCAUGCAAAUACUUACACUUCUUUUUUGAUGGUCCACGUAUUCUGCAAA